CAUUAUUGUAAAUUACGUUUGAUUGAGUAAAAGAAAAAGUAACAAAUAGUGUAUCAUUUAUACCCAGCUUCUACAUCUCAGAAGUGGGAUAAAUAAAGCAAAUAAUGAAGCGUGAUCAUGCUGAAGCGAUUGGAACAGGCCGUCUCGUCCGCCCGGAAGGAUGGAGCGAGCCGCAGCACGAGGAUGAAGCGAGUGAUAAUGACAGUGAAGAUAAUCCACCAGCUAGAAAAAUUCUCAAGAAGCUUCUAGAAAAUAAAGUACGAAAAGCAAUGCACGAAUUAAACGACGAGAUACCCACUAGCAUCACGAGGAAAGAACAUCGAGCUGCGUCAUUGAUACCCGAGUUCGACCCUGACAGUGAAGAGUGUGUUCCUGCAACGGCAUGGCUGAAAAAGAUCGAUCAACUUGGGGAAAUUCACGGCUGGAGCGAAAUUACGAAGGCAUUUUACAUGCAAGACAGGUUAAGAGGUCAAGCUAGAAGAUGGUAUAACCGGCUGGAUGAAUAUGAUUACACCUGGGAAGACUGGAAACAACUGUUGAUGCGGGCUUUUCCAAGACAUCGUGAUUUCGGAAAUAUGCUAGAAGAAAUGAUGAGCAGGAAGAAACUACCCGCAGAAUCGAUGACAAAAUACUACCAAGAUAAAGUCGCUAUGUGCUUCCGGUGUAAAUUAUCCGACAUUGCGGCUGUGUCUUGCAUCAUACGGGGCUUGCCACUAUCCUUACAAGCAAAUGCAAGAGCAUAUCAGUGCGAGAGACCUGAAGAAUUGUACGAAGGCUUCCUUUGUGCGUUGGACGAUUAUCAACCACCAUCAACAUCGAUUGCAACACGUCCGCUAAAUAAAGAUACCAAUUAUCGACAAAUCGCGGACAAAAAGCUCACCCCUAUAAACCCUGACGUCGACCCGUGUCCGCGCUGCAAGAAAAUGGGCCAUAUCCUACGUAACUGCCCUUACCCAGACUCACGAACAUGCUUCAAAUGUGGUAAAUAAGGCCACAUUGCUACACGCUGCCCGAUUUCGACAAAACCUACGAUGGCCGAUGACAAAAUCAAAGAAGUCAAACUGCUACAAAACCAUAACAAGAUUUACGAGAAAGCUGUUAAGAUCAACGGAAUAUACGUCAAAUCGUAUAUUGACACCGGUAGUCAAGUAAAUGUGCUCUCUACUCACGUGUCAAAGCUGUUACAUCUCGAAACCACUCCAUCAAGCACUACACUCAAGGGAUUCUCGGGAAAACAUCUACCCAGUCGCGGAGAAGUAAUCUUUGAACUGGAAAUAGACGGCAUAAAGUCACCCUGCAGGGCUCAUCUGACCGACGUUGAUAUGGGGAGUAUUCAUCUAUUGGUAGGCCAACCUAUUAUCAAUAGCGAUGGCAUGGCCUUAGUAGUCUGUGACGGUAAAGCUAACCUCAAACAAGACGUCGAUUUUAUACACAACAUGGACGUAAUUGAAGAGCGAACACGAUUCAAGGUCAUCACUACGGAAAAAGAAUCCCUACUGCCUGGCCUGUCCAUCAUUAAGGUCAACGUGCUGGACAAUGAAAACAACAAUGACGUCGUCACCACGCCACAACACUACGAGCUGCAAGGAGUCUCCUAUUCAAUUCCUGCCACCUUACUGCGGGGCGCCACCGGGUACAUCAAGGUCAUCAACAGCGGCACACGGAACAUCGAGUGGAAGGAGGGUGAGGUGCUCACCAGAGCCGACAGCUGCGCCGCUUCACCGCCAAAUGAUGUUCAGGAUGGCCGAAUGUAACACCAUGCAGCCAAUCAGCCAAUCAGCCAAUCAGAGCGCGCCAUUCAAGCCAGCCAAUCACAGCCAAGCCGAGCCAUCGACCCACUACCGGACGAUUUGGGGUGGGGGGUAAAGGUAUAAAAG